ACGCCGCCACGACUAUCGGCUACCCUCAACUUCCAGCCUGUCGCUUGAGCAACGCCAACUCUCUUUUACGCCCAUUCCCGACGGCUCGAGUACCACAUACACUCAUUACCUACCAAUCACAAUGGCGAGCGGCGCGCAGUCAUUCUAUGAGCUCUACCGUAGGAGCAGUAUCGGGCUCGCCUUGACUGAUACGCUGGAUGACCUGAUCAGCGAGGAGCGCAUUCACCCGCAGUUGGCGAUGAAGAUCUUGAGCAACUUUGACCAGGCUAUUACCGAGGCUCUUCAAAAGAACGUCAAGAGCCGGCUUCAGUUCAAGGGAAGCCUGGAUACAUAUCGAUUCUGCGACGAAGUCUGGACUUUCCUGAUCAAGAACGUGACCUUCAAGAUGGACAAUGGCAAUGUCUCUGUUCAAGCCGACAAGGUCAAGAUUGUCAGCUGCAAUGCCAAGAGACCCGGCGAGGGACAAUAAAGCGCGAAUCAACGUGGCAGAGGAACAGAUUGUAUAAAAACACCAAAGAGAGGAUGGCGAGAUGGGCUCAAUUAAUCACGCACGGAUGGCGACAGGACCGCCAGUAAUGUGUGAAAUGGCGUUUUAAGGUUUUAUAGUUGGGAUACACGGAUAAUGGGAAAUUGCUUGGUUUUACAUAUAACGAUUUGCAACUACUGGGAAAUUUGGCUCUUCUAACGAACCGCGAUAUGAAUUAGACAAUACAGAUAAUUAUUUGCUUCAAA